AAACUUAGCUCAAAAUUAGUAUCCUCUCAGCAAGCGAACAGUUAGCAUUGAGUGAGUUAAAGUCCAUUUAACACUUAUAAAAGCGAAUUCGUUUCACGGCAUCUAACUUAGUGUUAAAUCAAUAUCGUUGAUAAAUUAACGUCAAGAAAAUCCUGCAAAAUGUCUAGGAGUUCUCAGGACUUACCAUCCCACUCUGUCGAUUUGGAGGAUGCAAAAUCCUGCACCGAUUCUAAAGAUACGUCGAAUCAGAAUUUUGACGAACAGCUUCGUCGACAGAUCUCGCUAAAACCACCUGAACAAGUCAAUAAGAUCUAUUCUGGUCAUGGCACAUUUGGUGCACCGAAUUCUAAGCAACGACGAAUGCUCUUUGCCCAUCUGUCCCCAGCUAUUCCGGAUUUAAAGUCUAUUUUUGAUGAGCGUGUUAAAAAAUUCUUACAUAAACCUCCCAUCCAUAAAGAUCCCAUCCAUAAAGAUCCCAUCCAUAAAGACUUUCAACUGAUACUAGACGUGCAAUACUUCGAGCCGCACGAAAUUAAGGUAAAAGUCGUGAAUAAUUACCUCGUCGUCACAGCCAAGCAUGAAGACAAACAAGACGAGCACGGUUUGGUGUCCCGUCAGUUCACCAGGAGAUGCGAAUUGCCGGAGAAUUGCAACAUCGAACAGCUGACAUCUAAGCUAUCCUCUGAUGGUAUCCUGACAAUCGCGUCCAAGCAACCACCGAAGGACAAAAUUGAGAAGACGGUCCGAAUCGAGUGUACUGGAAAGCCUUUCAUAUACUAACAACAAAGCUAAAAACAUAUAAAUAAAGUGAGGAAGAAAACAAUCAUUAAAUCGUUCGUUACACUGUGAUCAUCUGACAAACUCACUGUUACAGCACAGAUUGUCUGCUCAAUGUGAAUAAGACUGUAGAUUAUUCUAUUAUGUCAAAAGUAUUCUUAAGCUUUGUGUAUGCAAUGACGAUGCAUUUAUUUGAAGAUUAUUUUUCACAAAAUCAAAGAGAAACUUUGUUAGUAGCUUGUAUGAGUGAAAUAAUUGUUAAGAUUGCAAAAUAUGUUUAAAUACAAUAAUACUCAUCAA